GUUGUUUUUGUUAGCAAUAGCUUAGCACUAAUUACUGCCGUUGCGCCUAAUUAGCCUUUUCUUAAAAUGUUGAGAAUAGCUUUAAAUUACACAUCAAUAAAGAAAUAAGCGUGUAAAGAAUUUCAAUUGUGAGGUUUUAUUCUCUUGUUUAAAAGUUAUUAUUCAAAAAAUGUUGUUGUUGAGUUGUUGGUUAAGCUGAUUCAACGUCUGAAAGAUGGGAUUUAUAUAACAUGAUAUGAUAGAAUCUAGUUUUAAUUUUAAGAUGGAUUGCCUGUUGGCGAAUUGAGUGGUAAAGAGUGACAUACAAAGUGCAACACAAUACCACUUGACAAUAAUAAAACAUGGAAAAGAAUAGCAUAGAAAUUUUAGAGCUUUUCUAUCUCACAUUAGUAGUCAUUCUCACAUUGCUUGGUAAUUGUUUGGUCAUUUCAGCGUUUGUUUUGGGCCCAAGAAGUAUUCGUACGUACACAAAUUAUUUCGUAGUAAACUUGGCUGUUACAGAUUUAAUGGUUGGCUGCUUAUCGCUACCAUUUUGGAUUGUUUAUAGAAUAGAUAACAACCUUGUCAGUGACAAAGUGUACAGCUAUUUUAUCAAAUUGGACAUACUUUGUGGCACGUCAUCCAUAUUGAGUUUAGUCUCUAUCAGUGUGGAACGUAUGUUUGCAGUGAAAUUUCCAACCACGCACUACAAUUUAGAUCGUUUACCAGUUAUAAUAGCUAUGUGCGUGACAUGGGUUCUUGGAAUUGUAUUUACGGCGAUCAAAGUAGCUCUCCCUUUGCCUAUAUACACAACGUGCAUUUUUGUCAUGGCGUUCAUUGUUCCUCUUUUGAUAAUUAUCUUCUCUUACUGUGUUAUUUUUUAUGCAGCCAUGAACAUGAUUAGGGCUUCCAACCAGCCAGGUAGAAUUGUGCGUGAAUUACACGUCGCAAAAACAAUAUCGUUUAUUAUUGGAUUAUUUAUAUUUUGCUGGAUGCCGUUUUUUAUUGUAAACAUGGUAGUGGUGCAUUGUGGGUCAUCGUGUAGAGAUUUCCCGAUGUGGCUUAUUUAUCUUUCCAAAAUGAUGCACUACAGCAAUAGCAUGAUGAAUUUCUUCGUCUACGCCGUACGCAGUCCGGAUUUUAGACGCUCGUUUAAAGCAAUUUUAUUCAAAUGUGAUACCAGUACCUUGCGAGAACGCAUUCGAACAUUCUCAGAAUCCGUGGUCACACGAAGUCGAAGUGCUUCUGAGCGAUAUAGUUUUGUUCAUGACAAUCAUGAAAACGGACAGGCUAAUGGUUAUAGUAGCGGCAAUGGUCAUGUACGAAGUAAUGGCCAUUUGUCUACGACGGAAGUCCGUUUUUCCAAACUGCGUACAAGCUCUUUUAAAACGUCACGGUUAUCCAAUACUAGUAACUGCACUGACGCGUCUGUGGUUGAGAGCAGCAGUUCUAAUGGCAGCCGAACACCGUACGUAGAUACCAUCAGUGAAAGUUCGACAUUAGUGGAGGUUGUUAGUGCUUGUUAAAAUGGAUUUUUGUUAUUCAAAUAAAUAGGGUUUUCCAGGAUGAAGAAAAAAGAAUCCAAAAGGAUGUUUAAAACACGGUAUACACUUAAUACAAAGCACGUGCCUGGCAUGUCGGAGUUGGGAAGUCUAUUUUUAGAGAUUAAAAGUUUCACGGUUAGACGUAGCUGGUGUUGAAAUAAUUGAACGACGUAAACAUUUUCUUUUUUAUUAUUAAUUUUAUCUGUAAAGAAUUAACGAGGCGUUCAAAGUUUUUCCUAACGCUAAAUCAAGUAAUUAGGCAGCCUCAUUUUUUAGACUUAAUAGAACCGUCAAAAUUAAAACACAUUUCGCUAUAGCAAAUACCUUUAUUAUCCAUUGCAAUUAAAUACAGUUUGUUUUUAUAACCAUCAAUACGAGGCUACAAAACUUAAAACAAGAACAAGUGGGCAGAUGGGAGAUAAAGUGUUAUCUGAAGAUAAUGAACAAACAUGUGUCGUGCCAAAUUUCCUUUUCUGCUUAAAUCAGCUGUGCACAUCUUUUAUGAAGGCAAAACGCGUUGUCUAUGACAACCAAUCGUGCUAAAAUAAAGCUCUACUGCUGGUCGAUUUUUCAUGCUAUUUUGUUAAUAUAUUUGAAUCCAAUCACGUGACUGAUACCACCAAAAAUUAUAUAUUGUGUUUGUUUAUUACUUCUAGCUUGGAGAGAAAAAAACAGUUUUUCAUUUCUCAGAAUGUCUGCGCAAUUAUUUCCAAAAGAACGCAUAGACUCCACCGCUUUUUAUAAUAAUAAAAAAUUGUCUCAAUAUAAUUUAUUUGCCGUAGUCAACGUUAUCUUCAGGGCUCUUUGACCCUCAAUAUGGUGAAUAGCACUUGUUGUCAACACUUCAGGACCCGGGAUAAAGGUUGUGUGUAACAGUCACUUAUAAGUGUCAGAUUCUGUUGGUAGGAAGCAAGGUUAUUAUGUUUAAAUAUUACAUUAAAGUCGUAUAUAUUUAGUACACAUUUCAAUAUUAAUUUAUCUUGUACAUAUCUUUGUGUAGAUAGUCCAGCAUUUCUUAUUUAAAUCAUUUAUCAGUUUUAAUAAACAUACAUUUAACUUAUAGUAUAAAAGUUGUAGCCGGUGCUUGGCGAAUAUUUGUUUAUCCUUUUGUAA